AUGCAGCGGGUCGAGUUGAUCAAGGAGACGCUGCUCAGCUCCAUGAAGGCUGAAAAAGAUCCGAGCGACUUGCGAGAUGCAGAGUUGACGGACGAAAUGGAUGGCGCGUGGGCGGAAGGAAAAGCUCCGAUCGCGCUCAUCACUCAGUUUCUUGGGUUUCUCGAAGACGAAGAAACCGAAUUGGCCAUGGAGUUGGCUCAAAAGAUCCUGGGGUACGAGCCCUCCAACCAACUCGUGCACAAUCUAUUCAAGGCGCUACAGCUUAAGCUUGUCGUUGACCAGCAGGAAAGCGAUGGCGAAAGCGGCGACGAGAGCAGCGACUCUUCGGGCGACGACAGCACGGAUGACCAAGAGGACGGUGACGAGAGUGAUGAAGAACACAUCAAGGCUGCCGCGACAGACGACGCAGUGUCGGAGGCGAAGGACGUCGAGUUGUAG